CUUUGAAUCCAUCUACAAACGUACAGCUCCACCACCUACUCAAUCGGCUAUAAAUUCCGCCUCCAACUCCAUUAAGCCACACUGCCCUCCAGCUCCACCUUCUCCAAACUCUCUCACCUUCCCCAUUCUCAUAGUUGGAUCAAGAUGAUACUCAGUCACCUGAUAAAAGAAAUCGGAACCGCGGGGAAGAAGAAGGUGAAAGCCAAUGUUGUCAUCAUGGACAAGAACGUUCUCUCGCUCAACGAUUUCAACGCCAGUGUUCUCAAUCAAAUUCAGGACUUUCUCGGCCACAAAGUCGAGCUCCGUCUCGUCAGCUCCACCGUCGGCGAUCCCAAUAACGGAAACAGAGGAGUGGUAGGGGAGGCGGCGAACCUCGAGCCGCCGCCGUUUUCCCUAAUCCCAAAAAUCGUUGCCGGCGAGUCGAUAUUCAGCGCCACCUUCAUCAUCAACGAAAGUCAGGGUAUCCCCGGCGCCAUCAUCGUCAAAAACCAACAUUUGGCCGAGUUUUACCUCAAGUCCAUCACGAUUGAGAAUUUCCCAGGAAAAGGUCGAAUUCACUUUGGCUGUAAUUCAUGGGUUUAUAACGCUGAUAAAUACAGCUACGACCGCAUCUUCUUCGCCAACGAUAGUUACCUGCCGAAAGACACGCCGGAGCCAUUAAAGGGAUAUAGGGAGGACGAGCUGCGGAAUCUCAGGGGAGAUAACGUGAAUCGAGAGCUGCAGGAAUGGGAUCGCGUGUACGGUUAUGCCUAUUACAACGAUCUUGGAGCGCCGGACAGCAGGCCAGAGUUGGCCCGCAAGGUACUCGGCGGUUCUCCCGACCUACCGUACCCUCGCCGCGGCAAGACCGGCCGCCCGCCGACCAAAUCCGAUCCUAAGACUGAGAGCCGGCUUUUUAUUUCUGAUCAGAACAUCUACGUUCCGCGGGACGAAAAAUUCGGACACUUGAAGUUUGCCGAUUUCUUGGGCUACGGCCUCAAGGCAAUCGUCAAGGACCUGUUGCCGGUGCUCCGGGCUAAGAUUGACGUCACGCCCAAUGAGUUUGACUCAUUGCAAGAAGUUUUCGAUCUGUACGAGGGAGGUUUACCGCUGCCGGACCUUCCGAUCGUGCGAAAGUUCAUUCAAUCCAUGCCAUUUGAGCUUUUCAAGUCCUUCAUCACUCCCGGCGCUUCCCAGCGCGGUGUACUCAAGUUUCCCAUGCCUCAUGUCCUUCAAAAUGAUAAAUGGGCGUGGAAAUCCGACGAAGAAUUCGCCAGACAAACACUGGCCGGCGUCAACCCCAUCAUGAUUCAACGUCUCACGGAAUUUCCACCGAAGAGCAGUCUCGAUCCCUCCCACUUCGGCAACCAGAACAGCACCAUUAAACCGGAGCACAUCGAGGGCAACCUCGACGGCCUCUCUAUUCAUGAAGCGAUCCAGUUAAAAAAACUCUUCAUCAUCGACCACCAUGACACAGUGAUGCCUUAUCUGAGACGCAUCAACAGAACAGACAGCAAAAUCUACGCCCCCCGCACUCUCUUCUUCCUCCAAAAAGACGGAACUUUGAAGCCGCUGGCUAUCGAGCUCAGCCUUCCGCAUUCCGGCGGCGACCAACUCGGCGCCGUGAGCUCUGUUUACUGUCCUGCAACUCACGGCGUGGAGGCCUCCAUCUGGCUGCUCGCCAAAUCCUACGCCCUCGUGAACGACUCCGGAAUCCACCAGCUUAUCAGUCACUGGCUGCGGACUCAUGCGGUGAUUGAGCCUUUUGUUAUAGCGACGAAUCGGCAUUUGAGUGCGAUGCAUCCAAUCAACAAGCUGUUGGCGCCUCACUACAGAGAUACGAUGAACAUAAAUGCGCAGGCGCGUCAUGCGCUGAUCAGCGCCGGCGGGCUUCUGGAGCUCACCGUCUUCCCCGGCGAGUACGCUCUGGAGAUGUCCGCAGCCGUUUACAAAAGCUGGAAUUUUGCUGAACAGGGCCUGCCAGCUGAUCUUCUCAAACGGUAUGUAUUUUUCUGGCAGUCUCAUAAGAUCUGGGACGGCUUUCUUCCUGAUCCAUUUUUGUUUUGUUUUGUUUUUCCUAGGGCCAUAACACUUUUAUUUUUGGAACUUCGGUAA